GCUCCAUCAGAAUGAGGUUCCUUACUGUUCUGGCUGUAUCGCUCCUGGUGGCUCUGGUGGCCGUCAGCCAGGGAGAUGAUAGUCCGGGAUUCUUCCUGAAGAUCACCAAGAACGUGCCGCGGCUGGGCAAACGAGGCGAGAGCUUUGCCAUGAAGAACCUGAAGACCAUUCCCCGCAUAGGACGCAGUGAGCAGAGCUCUGUAACUCCUCUGUUGGCCUGGCUCUGGAAUCUGGAUACCUCUCCCAGCAAGCGGCGUCUGCCAUCCGGUGAGUCCGCAGCAAAGGAUCAGGAACUCAACGUGGUGCAGCCCGUCAACUCCAAUACCCUCCUGGAGUUGCUGGACAACAACGCCAUCCCGAGCGAGCAGGUGAAGUUCGUCCACUGGAAGGACUUCGAUCGGGCCCUCCAGGCCGACCUUGAUCUGUACAGCAAGGUCAUCCAACUGGGCCGUCGUCCGGAUCAGCACCUCAAGCAGACCCUCAGCUUCGGCAGCUUUGUGCCCAUCUUCGGCGACGAACAGAACCCGGCCUUCAUGAUGUACAAAAACAACGAGGAUCAGGAUCUUUAUGGUGGGGGAAAUCGCAUCGAUCGCAACUUCCUGAGGUACAACACCCUGUGAGGAAGUAUCUUGACCCAAUUCUACAUUAUGCUAUUGGUUUUUAUACUCGACAAACCAAAGAAUAUGAAAACGUAAUUGAGCUUAUUUGUAAUAUAUCAGAAAUAUAAAUAUAUUCAGAUCCAGAUCCUUAAAAAUGGACAAAGCAAUUUUUACUACUUUAUGGAUUUAGUGAAGACCUGGAAACCGGAAUGAAAUACAUAUUCCCCGAGAAGCUUAAGGUCUCAUUAUCU